CUGCCCAAUGAGCUUCUCUACAUGAUAUGUGCAAAGUUCUGUUCGCAUUGUACCGAUCCUACGAACGAUCAAUUUCGUUAUAACUAUCGGUCCAGCCAGGUCAUUUCCCGUCUUAGCAAGACAUGCAAAAGACUGCGUGAUAUUGCACAGCCAGUGCUAUAUCAUUAUGUUUAUCCCAAGGAAAUCUGGCUGUUUUUACGCACCAUUAUGGUGCGACCGGAUCUGGCUGCCCAGGUACGCAGCUUCCGUCACGACCUUGAUUCGAAUAUAAACUAUGAAGCUGAGGAUCCCGAUACAAUCUUUGAUCCAUGGAUCAACCAACCGCGGAGAAAGAAUUGGCUGAGUCAAUUUGAGGGCAUUGAAAGCUUGGAUGAAUUUGGCAUUCGAAGAUGGCUUAUUGAAUCGAUAUUAACGCGGCUGCCAAACGCAAGGCAACUCUUUAUCGACGUUCCCCUCUACCGGCGAAGCACCUUGGGGACCUUGGUUGACUUCUCCUCUGUCACGCGGUUGGUUUUCAUGCCUCCGAUUCAUCUCGGACGUGGUUACCUGAGAGACUUUCUAUCUACGAUGCCAUACCUUGAGGAAUUGGCUCUCGCGGUGCUUGGAAACGGCUCUGAGUUUCUACAUCUCCCUGAACUCCGCUUCUUGGAGCUUUUCGGGUAUGAUAUAGGCGCGGAGACAUUGAUGGCAAUCAUAGGUUCUUGUCCAAAACUGGAACGCUUUGGGUUUUACGGUGAGCCGGGAUUGGAAAACUUCCGGUGGGACCAAGUGCAGCGUAUCCUGCACCAGCGCAGGGAAACGUUGAAACAUCUCAAGUUCAGGGCUAUACCAUACUUCUUGGACGAAGACUACGAGGUGAUGUCAGACCGAGGCAGUUUCCGCGGUUUUGAUGGCCUGGAGACCCUUUACAUGAACGCAGAAAGUUUCAACACGGAAGGCGCGAAAGAUUUCGAAGCCCUAUUUCCCAUAUUUCCGGCGGAUGUGGUUGAAAUGGUUGACCUCCUACCUGAGUCGCUCCUUUGCCUUGGGUUUUAUGAUCUGCGCUGCCAGUGGAAGGGGAUAGACGUGCUCGCACAAGCAAUCCGGGAGGGCCAUUUCCCACGUCUCAAGACAGUAUAUUUGACGCUGGAGGGUGCGGAUUUGGAAGAAUCACGCAGCAUACUUGCUGCUGUUGGUGUGGCCUGCAAGAGC